CGCAGGCGCCGAAUCCCAACCACGUUGCCUCGACUAUGAACCAAGAAAAGCUCAAGCAGCUUCAACAACAAGUCCGCAUCGGCGGCAAGGGCUCAGCUCGCAGAAAGAAGAAAGUUGUACACAGAACAGCAACUACUGAUGAUAAGAAACUGCAGAGUACGCUGAAGAGGCUGUCUGUGAACAGUAUUCCGGGUAUAGAAGAGGUGAAUAUGAUCAAGGAUGAUGGGACGGUCGUGCACUUCAAUAAUCCGAAGGUACAGGCUUCACUGUCAGCAAAUACGUUUGCUAUCAAUGGACACGGAGAGACGAAACAGCUUGCAGAUUUGCUGCCGGGUAUUGUUAAUCAGUUGGGUCCGGAGAAUUUGAAGAGAUUGGCAGAGAAUUUUCCUGGAGGAAUGGAGAAGGCAGCUGAGGAGGAAGGGGAUGACGAAGAAGGAGUGCCAGACUUGGUCUAUGAUUUUGACGAGCCUUCGAAGGACGAAUCAUGAUGAUACGGCUAAUAAGACUCCAUCGACUUGUCGCUCGUUGUAACUUGAUUAACAUAGAAUCUAGACGGAAUUUGUUCACAUAAGCUUGUGUAGCGACCAUGAAUGAGACAGAAACAAAUUUGCAAGGAAUAUAUGAACAUUGUGAAUGGUGA